GAACACAUCGGGAAACUUUUCGUUGUCUAGUGUCUUUGCAAAAUUAUUCUUUAGUCGUUUCGGCAGUGUCAAGUCUACUCAAUCGUUUCUCCCAGCUCCGAGCAAACAAAAUUAUUUCCAUUGACAAUUUUCCAGUUUUCGUCAGCUCCACAUCGCCGUGUCGGUUUGUUUGAUUUCAAGUUUCUGGAGGUUAUUGUCCCAUAAUCAGCCAUGUCCGGUGAUUGCAACACGUAUUGCCAAAAUGCCUGCGAUCCCUGCCAGGCGCCCACGGAUUUCUCGCCCUGUCCGCCGAAUUCAACGUGUCCGCCUUGCGACUGCGGCGACUAUGCAGGAUGCUGCUACCAGCAGCCGCCGCGCACCAUGCCCAUCCUGCCCAAGUCGCACUUCAUGCGCUCCACAGCGCCGCUGGACACGGACACCAUAUACCGACGAUCGUUCUAUGCUAACUGUGGCGACAACAUUAGGGCCCGACCCGUAAUGCCGUGCUCCCAAAUACGAGCAUCCACGGCGCCGCUGGAAAAGUGCACCAUACAGAAGUUAUCCUACAUGCCACCCUGUCCGGUUAAGCGGACGCCACCCAUUGUUCCCAUGGAGAGCGGCCUGCGCUUCGAGGGACCCAUCUAUGCGAUGACCUCGCAGAAGCACGACUACGUGCCCAAGGGGAUCGUGAAGCGGGAUCCCAUUAAGCCGCGUGUGGCUAUCUGCACGUCGAAUGCACCGAUGGAGCGCUGUACUAUCCAGAAGCUGAGCUACAUGCCCAUCGAUGUGUGCCAGAAUCCGCCUCCGAAGGCCAUGGUCCAGGGAUCGCACUACUGCAAGCCGGCAGGACCCAUGGAGCGCUGCACCAUCCAAAAGCUGUCCUACAUGCCGGUCUGUUUGCCGGCCAAGGAGCCCACGCCCUGGGCCGACAAAAUACGUUGUGUGCCGCCGCGCUACUCCAAUGUCUGCACCACCUACAACCUAAGCUACAUGCCCAACUGCAAUGAGGCACGUACGGCUCCGGUGACGCCGCUUACCACCUUGCGCUUCUGUGGCAACGACGCCGGUUCCGGCAGCACGGUGUACAAGCUGAGCUACAUGCCCGUGGAUGCCUCCAGGACCAAACCGGCGCCCGUCCUGCCCAGGGACACUUUCUGCCGGCCCUCAGGACCGCUGGAAAGGUGCACCAUUCAAAAGCUGUCCUAUCAACCGAACUGCACGGAGCGCACUCCUCCGAUUCGCCCGAUGGAAAAUGGUCUGCGAUUCGACGGGCCCAUGUAUGCGAUGACCACUCAGAAACACGAUUUUGUGGCCAAGCCCCACGUGAGGAGGGCUCCGAUCAUGCCGAGAACGGCCUUCUGCCGGCCCACUGGAGCCAUGGAGCGCUGCACGGUGAACAAGUUGUCGUACAUGCCGGUGGAUGUCACCUGUUUCCCACGCGCCGAGUCCGUCCGACCACGACAGGGAUUCUGCCGGAACGAGGGACCCAUGGAAAAGUGCACCACAUACAAACUCAGCUACUUGCCGAACUGUGUGCCGCCCAAGGAGCCACUGCCGUGGGCCAGGUACACAUCCUACUGCCGGCCAACCGGACCUAUUGAGAAGUGUACCAUCCAGAAACUUAGCUACGGACCGCCAGGUGCCUUCCAGCGCUGCGGAGGUCCUUGUGGAACUGGCGCUAACGAUGGCACCUUUCCCAAAGCCGGCAUUUGUUAGCCUGGAAAUACAUUAUGGUUGCUCUGAAGAAUCCGUCUCCCAAGCUCAUCCCGAGUUCUACGUUUUAUGUUCAAGCUAAAUCUUUCAGUCCACGUCUUCUAAAGAGAUAUGUUGUUUUCUGUUGUAAAUGCUUGUCAAAGGGUUCGCUUUGCGAACUGCAUCCAUUAAUCGAGCGGCGCUAUCCGUUUGCUUCGCUGCACCAUCGCUUUUAUCCGAUUUUGUCAAUCCCAUAUGCAUAUACAGAAAAUUGCCGGUGAUCCAAUACAUGGCUUAUGAAUUAUGGUGUAUUCCUCAUUGUCAAAUUAAACUCUGUUCACAGAAAUAUAGAAAUCCAGUAAAUCACGG